GAUUCUAGCGUAACGCAAUAGAACAAGGAUCUUGAUCUCUUCUGGGCAAAAUCUUGAUUUUUGUCAAAGUGUCCUGUAAUUUGCAGGAGCUGGAUGGAAUCAGGAAAAGCUAUGGACGAGAGCUCAAGCCCACAAGUUAGUCUUCUUCCAAGGGAUGAAUCUCAAGUGGGCGAUCGCGAUCGCCACAGUGGCUGCCGCUACAUUCUUCGAGCUCCUUCGCAACUUCAAUAGAUUCUGGUAUGAACCAAAGCUCAAGCCCGGGCAAGCUCCACUUCCUCCAGGCUCUCUCGGAUGGCCAAUCUUUGGAAACAUGGCAUCGUUCCUUCGGGCUUUCAAGUCCCACAAUCCAGACUCUUUCAUCACCAAGUAUCUCCACAAGUACGAUCGAACAGGAGUCUACAAAGCAUUUCUCUUUUGGCAGCCAACAGUGCUGGCGACUACUCCAGAGACAUGCAAAGUGGUUCUUUCGAGGGAUUCUUUGUUUGAGACUGGAUGGCCGAGCAGCACAAGGAGACUUAUCGGCACGCGAUCUUUCGCUGGAGUUACCGGCGAGGAGCACUUGAAACUUCGCAGGCUCACGGAGCCAGCGCUGAGCAAUCCCAAGGCUCUCGAGGAUUACAUCCCUCGCAUGUCCAGCAACAUAAAGAGCUGCCUGGAAGAAUGGUCGUGUCAGGAAAGAACUCUCUUGCUCAGGGAGAUGAGAAAGUACGCGUUUCGUACCAUUCAUGAUAUUCUUUUCAGCAAAGAUUCGGGCCUGGACGUGGAAGAAGUUUCAUCUCUUUACUAUGAAGGGAACCAAGGAAUACGUUCUCUACCGAUCAACUUGCCAGGAACUUCGUACAAUCGAGCUCUUAAGGCUCGCAAGAAACUCGAUGUACUGCUUCACCGAGUUCUCAACAAGAGAAGAUUUUCGGAGAAACCUGAGAAAACAGACACACUUUCGCUGCUUAUGGAUGCCACUGACGAGAACGGGAAGCAUUUGGACGACAAGCAAAUUGUAGAUUUGCUAGUGAUGUAUUUAAAUGCGGGGCACGAUUCGACUGCUCAUCUCAUACUGUGGCUACUGAUUUUCCUACUCAAGCACGAAAUUGUCUAUGACAAAGUUAAGGAAGAACAAGAGCUCAUCGCGUCUCAAAAACCUCUUGGAGAUUCGCUCUCUCUAUCGGACGUGAAAAAGAUGUCAUAUCUUUCAAGAGUAAAGUUGCGAUUCAUAGCUUUGUCUCAUUUUCUUUUCCCUUUGCACCAGGUGAUCAAUGAAACCUUGCGAGUGGCUAACAUAUCUCCAAUGGUUUUCAGAAGAGCUGUGACUGAUGUCGAAGUUAAUGGCUUUACAAUUCCUAAAGGCUGGUAUGUGGAGCCUUGGUUGAGACAAGUUCAUAUGGAUCCUGCCGUGCACUCCAAUCCUCAAAACUUUGAUCCGGAUCGAUGGGCUAGAAAUGAAGUUCGUCCAUUCACGCACUUACCAUUUGGACUUGGAAGUCGAACAUGCCCAGGGAACGAACUCGCGAAGCUCGAAGCAUGCAUUAUAGUCCACCAUUUGGUGCUCGGCUACGACGUGAAACCGCUGAAUCCAGAUUGCGAAGUAACUUUCCUGCCGCAUCCAAGGCCCAAAGACUACUUUCCAGUUCAAGUUCGCAGACGUAGAUAAAUCGGUGAUCACAUCACGCAAUCGAAGGACAGAUGAAGACUCGAAGGACAGAUGAAGAUGUUUACUCUCGAGAAGCAAUCGUUUAAUGGAAGAUAAUGCAGAAAAAUCUCUUUUU